AUGAGGAAAGCGUUGAUCUUGUUUAUAGUGUCUGCAAUUUUUGCUUCUCCUGCAUGUAGUCAACCCGGAUUCCUUAGCCUCGACUGCGGAGGAACUGAGAAUUACACAGAUGAUGCUGGAAUACAGUGGAUUCCAGAUGACGCUUACAUCAAUUCUGGACAAAAAGUGAGUCUUUCAAAUGUGACUGUUGGAGGAGAAGCAUCACGGCAAAUGAACGGCCUUCGAAGAUUUCCCGAGAGAAGGAAGAGUUGUUACCAGUUAACUCCUCUGGAGAUUGGAACAAAAUAUCUUCUCCGCGGAAUAUUCGUUUAUGGGAACUAUGACAAUCUCAACUCGCCUCCGCAAUUUGAUCUUCUGCUAGAUGCCGACGUUUGGGACGGCCUGUCAUUUAGUGAUUCAACAACUUAUGUUGUUCAGAAGAAAAUCAUUUUCAUGGCAAAGUUCGACCCAACUAAUGUCUGCCUUGCACGAAUUAAUGAGAGUCUUGGAAUACCCGUUAUUUCGUCUUUGGAGCUGCGCCCACUGAAUCAAAGCAUGUAUUGGCCUGUUAAUCAAGAUUAUUCACUUUUGAGGCUGGAGAAUAGCAAUUUAGGAGCUCGAAUUACGGACAAUGACGUCAGGUAUCCAGAUGAUCCAUUUGACAGAACUUGGUCUGCCUAUCCAGAAGGUUUUCCAAAUAUCACAAGUAAGAUGAAAGUAUCUAUUGGAGUGGCUUAUGACCAACCUCCAUCUCGCAUAAUGCAAAUAGCAGAAACAAGCUACCCCAACUCUCCCUCGGUGAUGGAAUUGCCCUUUCGUCGGAGCAAGCGAUACGGGAACCUUUAUAUUUCAAUGUAUUUUGCUGAGUUGAAAGCUGAUUUGAAUGCAACUAACCUUCGAGAAUUUGACCUGUUUCUGGAUAAUAACAAGCUUAAUGGUGAUCCUAUACAGCCUAUGUAUCUUCAGUCAUCAAACAUAUCUGUCGUCAUACCUUAUGGUAUUACUAAUUAUAUGGCGUUUCGUUUGCAAGCAACGAAUCGUUCCACUUUGCCUCCAAUAGCAAAUGCUCUUGAAAUAUAUCGUCAAAGUUCUCAACAUCAACAAGGAACUUCCAUUAAGGACGUAGAAGCUAUAAACAACAUUCAACAACAAAUAAAUUACACUUAUGUUGGCGAUCCAUGUUUGCCAGUAAGUUAUUCAUGGGAUUGGUUACUUUGCAAUCAUGAUCCAUCACCUAAAAUUGUGAACUUGAAUCUAUCAAAAAAAAGAUUAAAUGGCAAUAUUCCUACUAGCAUUAGCAACCUCAUAGCCCUUGAGAUUAUUGAUCUUUCUAAUAACAAUUUGAGUGGAACGAUACCUGAAUCACUGUCUAGUUUGAAAAACUUGAAAAAUCUUAAUUUAGAGAACAACAACCUCGUGGGACCAGUACCAGUGGCACUGUUAAACAACAAGAACCUAAAUCUGAGCCUUUCUGGAAACGUGCAUCUUUGUCAAAAAGAUGAAAAUGGGUGUAGCAGCACAACUACAAACAAAGGUUUGAUUAUCGGUUUGGCAACUGGUGGUGGCAUAGCAUUAGUCAUCCUUUCAGCUGUUGCCCUACUAAUUAUUCGUAGAAAGAAAAAAAGAAACCAAGCUCCAGUGCCGACAAACCUAAUAGAACCAAGUUCCAGAAAAUAUAGCUACAAAGAGGUCAAAGAAAUGACUGAGAAGUUUAGUAGGCAAAUUGGAAAAGGAGGAUUUGGUCCUGUAUUCUAUGGCUGCUUAAAGAAUGGACAAGAAGUAGCCGUCAAAGUAUGUUCUGAAACAUCGAAACAAGGAUCACGGGAAUUUACAACAGAGGUUGCAUUGCUUUCGAGAGUCCACCAUAAAAAUCUAGUGGCUUUAUUGGGCUAUUGCUGUGAAGGAGAAUACCGAAUAUUAAUUUAUGAAUUUAUGUCAAAGGGAAAUUUGAAUGAACUUCUACAUGGGUCAUCUGCAGCAAAACAGUGCCUAGACUGGGAAACCAGGCUUGACAUCGCCCUAAAUGCAGCUCAAGGUUUGGAGUACUUGCAUGCUGGUUGCAAACCUCAAAUAAUUCACAGAGAUAUAAAAUCAUCCAAUAUAUUAUUAAGUGAAAGAAUGGAAGCGAAAGUAGCUGAUUUUGGGCUAUCAAGAGAGGGGCCAGCUAGUGAAGCAACUCAUGUUUCAACGGAUGUGAAGGGCACAUUUGGCUACCUUGAUCCUCAAUUUAACGUAAGUAACAAUUUAACAGAAAAAUGUGAUGUGUAUAGCUUCGGCGUUGUAAUUUUAGAGAUCCUAUCUGGAAGAAUACCCAUUGAUACAAAUUUUUCUGAGGAACAGUGUCACAUUGUAUCCUGGGCAAGGUCUCUGAUUUCUGAAGGCCGUAUUGAGAGUUUGAUAGACGCAGAGGCAAGGGAAAACAUUGAGUUGGGUGUAAUGUGGAAGGUCGCAGAGUUGGCAUUGUUGUGUACAGAGAGCCAAGCAAAUAAGAGGCCCAGCAUGAGCGAAGUUGUGACAGAACUGAAAGAAGCUGUUGGACUACUACAUACAAUAGAUAAUUCAGAUUCUAUAUUGAUGAAGGACGCUUCCUUUGCUAUACAUUUCUCAUCAGCAACCGAUGGGAAUUCCCUCCCCUCUGCCAGAUAA